CCAUCCCCGUGUUCUUGAGGGCUUGAGCGGGGCGGUCGGCGUGACGCGGCAGGCGAUGGCGGCGCCGCGCGGCUCCGCGUGAGGAUCGGCGUCGGGAGCGUCGGAUUACUCGGCCGCGGCCUGGAAUCCGCGAGGUAUCGUGACGCUGUGUAGAUCGGGCAUGGGAGCUACGGUGUCGGCGAAUGCACAUCUUGAGCUGCUGGAGUGGAGAUUCUCGGCGAGCAUCGAUCGCCAGGCGCCAGCGGGCGACUUUCUUGGCGGGCAUGCAUAGGUUUUCCAUCCAGGCAUUGAAAUUUCGGGUGGAGAUGUGGCAGUUCCCAGGAAUCUAGGAGGAAUUUCCUGUUUCUCUUGACGGGGAGGGAAUGGGGUCUGUUUGCUGCGUGCCAGCGAGAAAGCAGUCUGGGGGCCAGGAGCGCUGGCCGGCGGAUCCCGCGCACUGGCGCUCAAAUGGGGAUUUGUCGCCGCGCUGGGAUGGAAAGUCGUUUCCAGAGGCCACUGGGAAUCUCUACAGGUCUUCUCUCUCGUCCAGCAGCAGGGGCAGCCGGCGUGGAAGCUCUCGUAUCGUGGGUCACCAACGAGCAUUCUCGGGUGGGAUUUUUUCGCCGGAUCCCAGCCCAUCCAGCAGCUUUCGGGCCUCGCAUCUCAAUCCUUUGAGCUCCUGUCAAGUGUGCCCCUUGGUAGAUCUGGCUCCUCUUCCACUAGAUUCGAGCUGUAGUCCAUGUACGACGAUCACAUCUUCAAAAGAGGGUACUUUUAACACCCCGGAGUCGCGUUCAUCACUGACCUUGAUUUCUAAAGACUGUCCAACGCAACCUUCGAUUAAGCCGGUCGUGCACAACAGCGGCGGCAGUAGCAGCAGCAGCAGCAACAGCAGUUUUGUAUCCAAGUUCUCCAAGACACUUCGGGAGAAGCCGCACAAAUGCGGGCUGACAAACGUAGGCAGUAGCAGAGCUAACGAAGGAGCCUUCUCCUCCACAAGAAGAUCCGAGAGCGGGGACGUUGAAUCGCUCGGCGGGACAACCUCCGACUGGUCGAUGGUCGCUUUCUCGGAGCUAGUCGCAUCUUCUCGACGGGACAGGCUGCGGUGGAUGAGUGACGGCAGUGGCGAGGACUUGGUUGGAUUAGCAGAGCUCGAGCUGGCCGCACUGGAGAGGAUAAAAGCCGCUGGCUAUGCGUCGACCAGCGUCGAGGCGUUCGUCUGUGGCCUUUGCUCCCGCUGGCUGUCACAGAGGUCUCCGCUGAGCUCUCACAAGAUGGUGGGAAACUUGGAUCCGCCGAGUGUGGGAGUGCUGGCCUGCGGUCACGUCUUUCAUGCCGACUGCUUGGAGCAGGCAACGUCCGAGUCCGAGAGACAGGAUCCUCCGUGUCCGCAAUGCUUGGGUGGUGGCAAUCUAUUCCCGAGGAGGCUGCUCAAGAGCUACAGCUUGCGUGGAUCGACGACGACGACGCCGGUUUGCGCUAAGAACAAGCAGCUUUCCGAUGACCCGGAGUCUGGACUGAGGAUCUUCUCGUCUGCGUCGCAAGAGAGGGACAUGCUGCCAAUCUCCGAAAGAAGUUUGAAGACUUCCUCUCGCAAGUUUUCGCUUCGAGGGAUCGGGGGCAGCAGCAAGCAGGCGAGCAGCGCCAGCAGCAGCAGCAGCAGCAGCACCAGCUACGCGAGUGGCUCCAGAGGCACGAAGUUUAGCUCGGUCUCUCCGGAGGAUUCGCCAACGAGUCGGCGGCGGCGAGGAUACUUGAAGUGGUAGCGAUAGAACGCAGGAAAAUUUUGGUUGGAGACCAUGGAGGAGGCUGGAAUUGCUUGCUUUGCGGUCGUGAUAACAUGUCUCAUGUCUUUCUUUCAGUCUAGCUCUUUUUGGGAAUUUUACUGAA